AUGAGCUGGAUAUGUUGUUCCACUUAAUAGACUGUCAAGAAUAGUCUUUUGAAUUAUUGCAAAUGCAAAAUCUAUCAAAUAUAUACAUUUGAUUUAUUUAAAACUUUGUUGAGAAUGAAUUUAGAAAGUUCGAUAAAGCAAAAAUUGUACUGUUUCUUUUUUAAGGCCAUAAAGUGGAAACUAGGUAAAUUCAAUUUCACAUCUCAAUUCAAUCACGAUUAUGCCUUAUUUGAUUAAAUUGAGUUAAUCAAAUACAACAAUAAACCUUUUGAAUUAUGGAAUGUGCUAAUAAACAUUUAUUAUUUAGAAUAAAUUUCGAAGUGAUAGCAAAAUUGUGUGGAAUUACAGUGCAAAUGAUUAUAUUGUUGAGAUCUAGGAUUUGGAAGAUUUAACCAUACUAAUGAUAGGGUGA